GCUAACAGGGCGCACAGCUGCUGAGCGCGCAGCCAGAGCGCCGAGUUAACGCAGCCUGGGACUCUGGGGCGGCGCUCUGUUUAGCGGCGCUCAUGUUACCCCGUUGUCAGUUCAGGAGACUGCAUGCCGUUCUGGCGUCUGCCUGGCGCGCCGCCUUCUAGCCAGUGGUCAUACGGGUAGAACGUGAGGCCGAGGUGAGGUUUGACUUGGCACUUAGCACACCCUCCCUGUCCCAGGACCACCGGCAGGCUUCGUGUUUAUGGGAGAAUGUGGAGUCUGAAUAACAGUAGCUGGCGUCUUCCGGUGCAUUCUCUGCACCCGGCCAAGUGGCAAGGCUCUGACGGGGCAAGCUUGGCUUUAGUCCUCUCUGCAGCCCCCCAGCAUGGACCCUCCGUGGCCAUCUCAGCCCUACGAAGACCUCAAUGGGCUCUAGCUUUUUCACUUCCGUUGCAGUUUGCAGUUCCAAGGUCUCCUGUCCUCUGUGGCAGACGGUGAAUGGAGAAUGACAGCCCUGGCCCAGUGUGCAGUGUUGGACCUGGCAGCCUUGCCCAGGGCCUGGCGACGGGCACUCUUGCUUCCGGUCUUGGCAUAGGUGCCAGUUACCACCGAAGCUCUUGCUUCCUUAGUGACGGUUGGAAUUGUAGGUGCUUUGGGUUCCUGCAUUUGAAAAGAGAGAGAUAUUUUUUCUGGCUUAAUUAUUCCCCCUGGAUGCCCUGAGUCUAGAGUUUGAGCAGGAGAACCCCAGAGCACCACCAGCACUGCCGAGGGCGGCCAGCAGCCGGGAGGGGGCCGUGGGCCUUCCUGCCAGACAGCUUCCCAGCCUGUUAUCUGGAACACAGGGGCAGAGGUAGGGACGGUGCAUCUGGGCGGGUAUGUCUGGGCUGGGGCUGCUGGUGGGCCAUUAGGUCCUAAGCUGGGGUCCCCAUUAACGAAGAGUUCUGAUUGCAGUUCUGACAGGGAAAGGGCUGUAGGGAUCUCUAGUUGUGGUCUCUGCCUUGGUAUUUGCACAGGUGUUUGCUCUGGAACGUAAUUUCAGGGGCCACCUGGGUUUUUUUUUUUCCCAGUGUCCUAACUGUCGCGUGACGGAACAGGAAGGGACGAUGUUCAGCCUCCUAAUCGACCCUCUCCUGCCCUGGUAGAGCUUUCCCUCCCCAGCAGUGGUGGGACUACAAGGCCAUGGGACUGAACCCCACAGGGGCAGGGACUCAGGGAUUCGACCCCAUUCCUGGGCUGGCAUUUCUGGCAAGUCCCCGGGUACCAAACCCCAUUAUGGCCUUGUUGACCUCUUCAGGCAGCCCUCGGAGGCAGGCCUCGCCACUGCCCGUUCUAGGUGGUCCUGGGUCGUAGUGCACCAGAGAAGCUAGGGGUUGUUUUUCCUUUUGAGCUGGUGCUUGUGUGAAACGUCAUCAUGGUAAGGAUUUGCACCCGGAAAACUGCCCUCAGCUGUGCUGUGUUGUGUCUUCGGUGGCCUCAGGGGUUACAUUUUCUGGUGUCUAAGGGUUCACUGGAAGGUCUACGUGUGAUGGUACGGUCGACCCUUGAACGACACAGGGAUUGGGGUACCCGUCCCCAUGCAGUCCGAGUGCCACAUACAACUUUUGACUCUGAAAACUUUAUUGUCAAUAGUCUGCUGUUGACUGGAAGCCUUACCGAUGACAGAAACCACUGGGUGACACGUGUGUUGUGUAUGGCACAGGUCAUGUUCUUAUAAAGUAAGUUAGAGAAAAAAAUGCUGCCAAGGAAAUCCUGAGGAAGGAGAGCACAUUUGUAGUACAGUACUUAUCCAAAACAGUGUCACGUGUAAAUGGCCCGGUGUCCUUCCAACCCGUGUGGCUUGAGGGUGAGCUGUAUUUACCCCCCUUGUGGGGCAAGAAAGUGUGCUGCACACAGCAGGGGCGGGGUAGGUACUGGAGCAGCUGUCCCGGGAUGACUUUGUGGAAUCCACGUGUGGGAACGCUCACGACAGUGGCCAGAGCGUUCUAAGCCCUCUUCCCUGAGCCCUGAAGCCAUUGUGCCCACAGAAGUGUCAUUCUCCUGGAAGGUCUGUGGCAUGUCGUGCCCCAUAGUCUGUGUGCCUCUAGCAGGAGUCAUGGCCAGGACUUGUAGGACAGGCUGGGUCCCUGCUGUGUUGCUGAGUCACCAAGCACCGAGGGUGCAGACCAGACCCUUUGUGGAGUGGGACUGUGGCCAUUUUCUUUCUGUUUUUUUUUCUUUUAAUUUUUUUCUUAACGUUUAUUUAUUUUUGAGAGAGACAGCGACAGAGCACAAGCAGAGGAGGGGCAGAGAGAGAGGGAGACACAGAAUCCGAAGCAGGCUCCAGGCUUCGAGCUGUCAGCACAUAGCCGGACGCGGGGCUCAAACUCACGAACCCUGAGAUCAUGACCUGAGCCGAAGUCGGACACUCAACCGACUGAGUAUGGCUCAUUUUCUUAACCUUCGAGCACUAAGUACGAGAAAGGUGAGCCAAAGGCCAAUGUCUAGCGAUGGAUGACGACAGCCUGGAUGAGCUUGUGGACCGAAGCCCAGGGCCAGAUGGACGCUCGCGACUCAACCCUGCUGUCCUGGCCAGCAGCGCUGAAGACAGCGGUGACGGCAGCAGUGGCAGCUCUGAGGAUGACACGGGCAGUGAGCGCAGCUACAGCACCGACGGAGAGGACGACGGAGAGGACGAGGAGGGCGGUCUGGAGGACCAAUCCGGUUCUGAAGAUUCUGAAGAAGAAGGAAGGGAAGAAGGAGGCUUGGAAACGUUAGUGGCCGUGGCGGAUACUCAGGGGACGUUGGAAGCCAAUGGCGCAUUUAAUUCUGAUGACGAUUCCGAGAGCUGCCCGAUUUGUCUCAAUGCUUUCCGGGACCAGGCCCUGGGGACACCGGAGAACUGUGCCCAUUAUUUCUGCCUGGACUGUAUUGUGGAAUGGUCGAAGAAUGCCAAUUCCUGUCCAGUUGAUCGAACUAUAUUUAAAUGUAUCUGUAUUCGAGCUCGGUUUGGCGGUAAAAUCUUGAAGAAGAUUCCAGUGGAAAACGCCAGAGCCGGCCGGGAUGAGGAGGAAGACCCCACCUUUUGUGAAGUGUGUGGCAGGAGCGACCGGGAGGACCGGCUGCUUCUCUGCGACGGCUGUGACGCAGGGUACCACAUGGAAUGUUUGGACCCUCCUCUCCAGGAGGUACCAGUGGACGAGUGGUUCUGUCCCGAAUGUGCUGCCCCUGGAGCUGCUCCCACCGCUGAUGCAGGUCCCGUGAGUGAGGAGGAGGUCUCCCUGAUCUUGGCUGACGUGGUGCCCACCACCAGCCGGCUUCGGCCUCACGUGGGGAGGACCCGUGCCAUUGCCAGGACACGACAGAGCGAGAGAGUCCGAGCGACCGUGAACCGGAAUCGGAUCUCCACCGCCAGGAGAAUCCAGCAUGUCCCACGGUACCUCAUGUCUUCUCUGCUGGAUGAGACCAUUGAGGCUGUCGCUGCCGGUCUGAGCACUGCCGUGUACCAGCGCCCCGUGGCGCCCCGAGCCCCCGCAAAACGCAGGAGGAGAGCAGGAAGACGGAAGAAGGUGUCAGGAAGAAGGAAGACCCAGUCGAGGUCGUCUGUGAAGAGCAGGGGCUCCGGGACGAGGUCUAAGAAACGCCAGGGUCGUGCCAAGAAGAGAAAAGGGAAGAGGUCAAAGAAUGAAGCCACAGCUCGGUCCCGCAUUGCACGGACGCUGGGCCUCCGGGGUCCCGUCCGCGGGGCCUGCACCCCGUCAGUGCACAAGCCCGCGGACCCCUCUCUGGGGCUGAUGCGUGCAGACAUCGGGGUGGCCACUCUGUCGCUCUUCGGAGACCCCUAUGAGCUGGACCCCUUUGACAGCAGCGAGGAGCAGUCUGCGGACCCUGCUUCCCCUCUGAGCGCCAAGAGGAGGGUUCUGUCCCAGUCGGCACUGCGCUCUCACCGGCCCGUGGCCAGGCCCGUGUCCGUGGGGCUCUCCAGGAGGAGUGUUCCUGCUGCGGCGCCCGAGCCAGAGGUGGACGAGGCCCCCGUCCCAGACCUAGUGGGGAGCAUCCUGUCGGGCCAGAGCCUCCUGAUGAUGAACGGUGCAGACAUCACCAUCCACCGGGACGGCUCCCUCAGUGCCAAGAAGGCAGCACCCGUUUCCUUUCCGAGAAGCUCAGGCGCUCCACCCCGAGGGGGCAGAGGCCCCGGGGCCUGCCUGCUGCCCAGAGCGCCACGCUCAGGCAGCGGGCUCCAGAGUGCGGGGCUGCGCUGCCACGGCGGUCCCACCCCCUCCUGCGUCCCCGCUGUCACCCCAGCGGCAGCCGUGAGACUGGACUCCUCCGUGACCCUUCCGUCAGGUCAGGCUCAGAACCUGUCAAACGUAAGCAGGCCUGGCUUAAAGCACAGUGACGCCCCUGGAUGUGAUGGCGACAGCAGGCACGCUCGGCCCCUUAGUUCUGUGUCCUCUAAGACCUCGGGCAGCUGCUCUCACUUGCCGCGUGCCAGUGCGCUGCAGGGACAGGCCGUGAAGCCAGCUCCCAGGAGGCCCAGCAUCUCAGAGCUACCCAGGAUACCGAAGGUCAGAAGGGAGGACGGUGGCGGCCGGCGGGCGGAUGCGGCCCCCACCAGCGAGCAGCGUGUUGAGAUCCCCAGCUCCUGCAUCAGCCGGCUCACGGGCAGGGAGGGCCCCGGGCAGCCCAGCCACGGCGCCCGUGCAGAGGGCGAGCCCAGCAGCAGGGGCCCACAAGAGCCUGGCACACACUCAGGGGGUGGAUCCCAGUCCCCCGCCACGCUGGGACCCUCAAAGGGGAAGGGUGUCGGCUCGACCUUCGAGAGCUUCAGGAUCAAUAUUCCCGGGAACACGGCACAUUCCGGCAGACUCUCUAACCCCGGCUUUUGUAACACGUUCCGGCCUGUCGACAAUAAGGUGCAGAGGAAAGAGAACCCCGCUCCCCUCUUCUCCAUCAGGAAGGCCAAGCAGCUCAAGAGCGAGAUCUACGACCCCUUCGACCCCACAGGCUCCGACUCUGGUUCCGCCGGCAGCAGCCCCGAGCGCCUGGGCUCUGGCCUCCUGCCCUCUGAGAUCACGCGCACCAUCUCCAUCAACAGCCCAAAGGCGCCGGCGUUGCAGACCGUGCGCUGUGUCACCUCCUACACGGUGGAAAAGGUCUUUGGGACGGAGCCUGAGUCCCCUCGCGGGUCCUCCGCCAGCGGGCUCGAGCUCCGGGGCGAGGGGGCUGCCGAGGGUUCCUCCGACCUGGAGCGCGAGGGCCAGGGCGUGGCCUCCAGGGCGCAGAGGCCAUCCCCCCCAGAGCCGUGGGAGGACAGGGACCAGCUGCCCUGCAGUACCUUCUUUGGCUCUGAGGAGCGGACGGUGACCUGCGUGACCGAUGUAGAGCCGGGGGCACCACCCAGCCCGGGCGCCCCGCAGACAACUACCCACAGGGUUGUGGAGCUGAGGCCCCCAUCCUGCUCCCGCUCCACAUCCAGCUCCCGUGGCAGGAAGAAGGCCAAGAGGAAGCGGGCUGAGGCCAGGGAGCACAGGAGGACCCGCUCCGGCUCCCGCUCAGGCUCCCGCUCUGGGGAGAGGAGCUCACGGUCGGUGUCUCCACCGGUGGGUGAAGGGCACCCCAAGAGGCAGCAGCCCAAGGCCCGGGGCCGCAGGUCCUCCAGUGACCACUCCAGCAGCCACGAGCGAGCCAAGCGGAAGAAGGUGAAGGAUGAGGGCAGGAGGAGGAGGAGGGACUCUUGGGGACGCGGCCGGCGACGGUCACGGUCCCGUUCCCGCUCCCGCUCAGGCAGCCCCGGCAGCUCCUCCCAUGAACGCAGGGAGAGCAGGAGGAGGAAGCGGAGGCGGUCGGGGUCCAGGUCUCGGGGGAGGGAGUGCUCCCCCCCCAGCAGCCUGGAGAGGGCCCGGAGGCACCGGCACACAAGGGAGCGGAGCCCCCGGGAGAGGAGCCCUCGGGAGCGCCCCCGCGUCAGGUGGAGCUCCCGGGAGCGGAGGAAGCGCAAGUCCGGGUCUCCACGGUCGCCGAGCACGGAGCACAGGUCCCGGGAGCAUCAACGGCCUCGUUCCCAUGAGAAGCGGCCGAGGCCUCGCUCUCCAGAGAGGAAGUUGGUGCCCCCUCCCCAGGAGGAGCAGAAGCCCGACAGGGAGCAGCCGGCCAAGCCACUGGUCUCCGUGGGAGCAGACGCCUCUCCAGCAGGGGCCGAGGCCCACAAGGAGGCCCCGGAUGUGCCCGCGGAGUGUCCACCCGAGGACCUUGAUUACGGGGACUCUGUCGAGGCCGGGCACGUCUUUGAGGAGUUUUCAAGUGACGCUUUCUUCCUGCAGCUUGAUGACAUGAGUUCUCCGCCCUCCCCAGAGAGCACGGAUUCCUCCCCAGAGCGAGACUUCCCACCCAAUCCUGUGGUGCCCCCAGCCAGCCAGCAGCAGGACCCUGCCCUGGUGGCUGUCAUCAGACGCGAGGUGGCACUGAUCCACGAUGAUGAGGCUGCGCAGCCCCUGCCCCAGGCACAGGGCCCCCAAGAGAAACCCUUGCUCCAGCAGGAUGCUGCUGGGGCUGCCACGGCGCCUGGCACCCUGGGAAGCCAGGCUGGGGUCGGGGUGCCUGCGGGGAAGGAGGAAGGCGCCUCUCAGACCCCCUUGCUGCGGGCGAAAGCCCUGGUGAAGAGAGUCACCUGGAACCUGCAGGAAGCAGAGAGUGGUGUCCCUGCCGAGGAGCGAGGCCUGCGAACGCCGCUCCACAGGCCUCAGAAGCCCCGGGAGGGGGCCUGGGAAACAGAAGACGUGGGGCCCUCGGUGGUGUUCCAGCAGGCAUCCUUCUCUGAGCCGCCUGCCCCUGGCUAUGCACAUGCAGAGUCUGGCUUCCCGGACGCCGAGCCCUCUCAGGUUUAUACCCCCAACCUGCCCACCGCCCCAGCUCUCCCUUUGAGUCUCCCGCCCUACGUGCCAGCCAGCCAGCCCACGGUCCAGUUCAUCCUGCAGGGGAGCCUCCCGCUGACGAGCGGUGGGGUUGCACAGAGCCCAGCCCCGGCGCCCACUGCCCCGACCACGGCUUCAGAGCCAGCCGGCCACGCCACUGUCGCUGGCAACUCUGAGGAGAGAGCAGCUGCUCCCAGGCCUGCCGCGGAGAAGGCCAAAACCGAGGAGUACAUGAAGAAGCUGCACACGCAGGAGCGGGCAGUGGAGGAGGUGAAGCUGGCCAUCAAGCCCUUCUAUCAGAAGAGGGAGGUGACAAAGGACGAGUAUAAGGACAUUCUCCGCAAGGCAGUGCAGAAGAUAUGCCACAGCAAGAGCGGGGAGAUCAACCCUGUGAAGGUGGCCAACCUGGUCAAGGCCUACGUGGACAAGUACAGGCACAUGCGCAGACACAGGAGGGCUGAGGCCGGCGAGGAGGCACCCCCCCAGGGCACCGAGAGCUGAGCCGGGCACAGAGCAAGGGGGCACCAGUCCCCAUCCCCGAGCCACUCUGUUGGGAGAGGCAGGAGCAGACACCUCUGGAGACAGCCAUCACUCCUGUGUUCAGGGUUCCUGUGAUCACACGUGGUCUGUGCCCCUGUCUUGCUCACGGUUCAAAACUGGACUUUUUUAUAUGUAUAUUAUAGAUACACACUGUUUCCAUGGUGUUCUAAUUUAUCAAAAAUGGAUUAUCUUUAGAAACUUCUUGAUUGA